AUGCCGUUGACGGAGUUUGAAAUCGCGUGCUCGUCCUUUUCGUCGUACUUGAACGCAGGCUUGAAGGACUUGACCUGCGUGAGCGCGGCCAGGCUCAUAAAGCAGAAGCCGUUUAGGCCGCUGAUGAGAUUCCGGUUCGAGUGCGGUGAGCUCAGCGACCGACGCAAGUGCGCUUUGGCGAAGCUCUCGGCGUCGAUCAGAGAACACCACGAUUUCUCGACGGCGCGGAAGCGCUUCAGGGUCCUCACUGGGAGGCGGCUGAGGAUGUUCUCGAUGACUUCCAACGGUAGUGGGGAUUGCUCCGGGAGGACGACGUUCAUGGCUGCUGGGGUAAUCACGUAUCUAUUCGGCGAUCCGACUGAUCGGCGUCUCCAACUCCUAUUCCGAGAUCUCGUUUCUCGAUGGAGAACUCACUUCGACCUCCAUGGGAAUCGGCAAAUCGUCCACCACUGGUGA